AUGGUAAACACCGAAACAGCUUGGAAUAUCGUUGGGAUCAUAGGGAAUGUUAUUUCCUUAGGCCUGUUUAUUUCUCCAGUUCCCACAUUUUAUAAUACUAGACUAAAGGAUCAUACAAAGAAGGAUGUGGAAGAAUUCCAACCAUAUCCAUAUAUCGCAGCAGUGCUCAAUUGUCUUUUCUGGAUGCUUUAUGGUAUGCCAUUUGUGCAUCCAAAUAGCCUUCUAGUGCUCACAGUCAAUCCGCCUGGACUGCUUUUGGAGUUUAUUUGCAUAUCCAUUUUCUUUGUCUACGCCCCCAACAAUGGCCGGAAAAAAAUAGUGGUUGGUCUUGGCAUUGUUUUUAUUUUCUAUGCAAACGUUGUAGCAUUAACGCUUUUGACAUUACAUGAAGCUAAAAUAAGGUCUUUCAUGGUUGGGAUGUUAUGUGAUAUUUUCAAUACCAUGAUGUAUAUUUCCCCACUUACUAUUAUGACAAAAGUUAUCAAUACGAAAAGUGUGAAAUACAUGCCCUUUUAUCUUUCAUUGGCCAACUUCCUAAAUGGUGCAAUCUGGACAUCUUAUGCUCUUAUAAAGUUUGAUAUCUACGUCCUGGUAAGCAAUGGUCUAGGUGCAAUGUCAGGGGCAAUUCAACUGAUAUUGUAUGCAUGCUACUACAAGACAACUACAAAGAACAAUAAAAAUGAUAUUGAAAACAAUGCUGUGCAGCUUUCUACCACACAUACACCUAAAGCUUGAUUUCUCAUCCACAAAGAAUGACGGAUGAGAUAGAACUUUAUAAUUAGGAUUCAUCAUCUAAGUAAUGCUUCAUCAUUCUAAAACUUUAUAAUUAGGAUGCAUUAUCUAAAUAAUGCUCCAUCAUCCCAAUAUAUUUUAUUUUAAAAAAAAAAUGUAACAAACCUUAAAUUUGAGGUUAGAUAGGAUGGUUUUUUUUAGUAUUUUGAUGGU